AAAUUUUUUUUAACUAUGGAUUAUUACUAUUAUUAUUGUUAUAGCACUCCUCUAGCUCUCUUGCUUGCCUGGACUUUGUUCCAAUGCUUCAACUUAUUAACAACAAAUAGAAGCAGAAAGGUUCCUCCAGGACCCUUUCCAUUACCCAUAAUCGGAAAUCUUCAUUUACUGGGGAAUCAACCUCAUAAAUCCCUUGCGAAACUCGCCGAUUUGCAUGGCCCAGUUAUGCGUCUGAAGUUGGGGCAAAUAACAACUGUGGUGAUUUCUUCUUCAGAUAUGGCCAAACAAGUGCUCCAAAAGCAAGAUUCAGCCUUUUCUAGCAGGUCAAUUCCUGAUAUAGCCAAAGAGGAAAAUUUUCACAUGUUUUCCGUUGGUUGGCUUCCUGCUUCCCAUCCUCAAUGGAGAAUUUUCCGCAAAUUCAUGACUUCCCACAUCUUCUCUAUUAACAAGCUUGAUGCCAGUCACCACCUUAGGUACAAGAAGAUGGAAGAACUUGUUGGUUACUGUAAAAAGAGUAGCCAGAUUGGAGAGGCGGUAGAUAUUGGUGGCGCAAUUUUCAGGACCAUGUUGAACUUACUUUCCAACACUCUCUUCUCAAAGGACUUGGCAGAUCCGUAUGAAAAUUCUGGUAAAGAAUUUAAGGAAUUGAUGGAGGGAAUGAUGAUGGAGAUGGGUAAACCAAAAUUGGUAGACUACUUUCCCGUCCUGAAAAUAGUGCAUGCGCAAGGUCUAAGUCGAUAUAAUUCUCAUUUGGGGAAACUACUAAAGCUAUUUAAUGGAUUCAUAAAUGAGAGGCUGGAGAUAAGGAAAUCCCAAAGUUAUCAAAACACUGAUGUUUUAGAUGCCUUAAUCACAUCAAGUGAACAGAAUCCCCAAGAAAUUAAUCACAUGCAUAUAGCAACAUUGUGUUUGGACCUAUUUAAUGCGGGAACUGAUACAAGUUCGAAUGUAGUGGAAUGGGCUAUGACUGAGCUUCUUAGAUCUCCAGAUAUUAUGAAGAAAGUCCAAGCUGAGCUCGUACAAGUCCUCGGAGAAGGUAACCUGAUGGAAGAAACUGACGUUGCCCGACUCCCUUACUUGCAGUGCAUUAUUAAAGAAACUUACAGGAUGCACCCUCCAGCUCCUUUUUUGGUACCUCGAAAAGUAGAGCAAGAUGUUGAGCUGUGUGGCUACACUGUCCCUAAAGGUUCGAAAGUGCUCAUUAAUGUGUGGCCAAUUGGCCAGGACUCGACUCUAUGGGAAGACCCUUUGAUGUUUAAUCCUGAUAGAUUUAAGGAUUCAAAAUUAGACGUGCGAGGUCAAGAUUUUGAGUUAAUUCCAUUUGGUGCUGGUCGAAGAAUUUGUCCUGGUCUGCCAUUGGCAAUAAGGAUGGUCCCAGUACUGCUAGGAACACUGUUGAAUACAUUUAAGUGGAAAAUUGAGGGUGAUAUUGCACCAAAAGACAUGGACAUGCAGGAGAAAUUUGGCCUCACCUUGGCCAAACUUCAUCCUCUUAGAGCUGUUCCACUUCCACUCUGAAAUUCAAAAUCAGAUGCUUCCUAGAAAAGGCAAUGGAUAAUGAACAUUGUAACUAAUAUUAUAUUUCCAAUAAAAGUAUAAGCACAAAUUAUGUAAUUUUGUAGGGAAGGAAAUCAGAGCGUAUCGAUUAGCCCUGUCUUUGUUUA